CUGGCUGUCUCAUCCCAGUCUGCGCUAUUGUACUCUUGGUGACUCUUCUACACAUCUACAACAGUAACAAGAAAGAUGUCCUUGACCUAGACGACACUGUGCUGCCACUUCCAUUUACAAGAGACGAAAGAUCUUUAAACCAUCGCCAUCUUUUCCACAUUUAUGACCUACAUCCAUCUUUAUUCAAAAGAUUCAACGUUAUUGAUCUCAGUUCCGGAAGAAAAGCUCAGAAUGAAAAGGACAAGCAUAACUUUAACUGCACUGUCUCCAAAUCUGUACCAUCGUUUAAAAUCUGCCUGUAUGAACCAGAAAAAGAUCGAUUUAUAUCAGCCGGUCUGUUAACCACUGGUCUGUGGGAACCGUUCAUCACUCGUGCAUUUCAGGUUGCUCUUUCGAGGUACCCAGAUGCAACAAUCAUUGACGUGGGAGCAAAUAUCGGAUAUUACAGCCUCUUAGCUUCUGCCAUGGGUCACAAAGUGAUUGCCAUUGAACCCCUUGAGGAGAAUGUCAAGCGAUUUGUUGCUGGAGUCAAUGCUAACCAUUGGAACGUUAAUAUAAUUCUUUUGGUAAACGCACUGUCUGAUAGUCACAAGAACGUAAGUCUGUCUAGAAACGUAGAUAAUCAAGGCGGCAUUAGAGUGCUGGAUUCGUGUGAGCAGUACGGCUGGAUAUUUAGUCAGAGGAAAGAAGAUUUACACAAAAAGACGUGCAAUGUGCCAACGUUGACGUUCGAUGACUUGCUUUACCUUGUCAACACUAAAACUGCAAUCAUAAAAAUCGACAUCGAGGGUUACGAAUGCCGAGCAUUUGCUACAGCAUCUCGGUUCUUCGCAGCCAUCAACGUGCCUUACGUUUUCAUGGAGUGGAGACAGAUGAGGGAGAGGCAGCAUUUGGCUGACACUGCUUGUAGAACGGAGCAGAUCAGAACUUUGAGUAAUUUCUUUUCAGACAGGGGAUACAUUCCACACGAGGUCAGAUCGGGGAUUCUGCUCAACCCAUACAAUGCUGUAAAUUAUAUAGUUGGUGAUAUCUAUUGGAGGAAGAAAGAUCAGGACAUGCUAGUGCCGUCCUUGUGA